AUGGCUUCCACUGACGAUGCCCUCGAGACAUACACCCAUCUCCCCGUGCACAUCGACCCCCAAACCAAACAAGUGUCUAUCCUGUCAUCCGACAAGACCAUUCAAGAUGCCAUAGACAAUUUAAAUCGCCUGCAUACCUCCUUCAAAGCACUAGAGACGCCAAAUAAUGUCCCAGCGGCACCCAUGCUGGUAAACCCCAAACGAUCCGCACAAAUUCAAAAAUUGAGAGACUCUGCCGCGGCAACAUCGAAGAAAGGCAAUAACGUUGAUGCAAUCCGUCUUUUGGGUGUCGCAAUAGACAUGGCCGCUGCACGCCCUGGUUGGGAACCCAUGGGUCUCGCUAGAGAAGAACUAGCCAUGAUGUAUCUCUCCCGCGGUGCGGCCAAUACGAGUGUGCAAAACUGGGUCGAAGGCUUGAUCGAUGCAGAGUGUAGUGUCGAGUGCAAGAGUGGGCCUGGGCAAGGACCUAACGGAGAGAGAAUUCCUGGCAAUCCAAAAGCUUGGAUCGUUGGUGGACAGUGCCUCAUGGAGAUGAGUCGCUGGAGCGAGGCUGUUGAAUGGCUCGAGAGGGCUAUUGAGAAGGAAGGUGGAGAUGGAGCUGAUGAUAACAGAGCACUUAGUCUGAUGCUGGUGCAGGCAAGAUCCCAUCUGGAGAAGAAAAAGUGA